AUGGCGGCCAGUUCCAGCCGAGGAGGCCCCUUCAACGGCAACGCUGCUCCAUUCCGUUCGAGGGAUGGGCUUAGUACGAGGCAGGCGGCGAGCUCGGACGAGAUACAGCUUCGAAUUGAUCCGAUGAGCGCCAAUUUUGAUGAUGAGAUAACCGGCCUCCGUUCUCAAGUCAGGAUGCUCAGAAAUGUGGCCCAGGAUAUAGGGACAGAAGCGAAAUUUCAGAAGGAUUUUCUAGAUCAGUUGCAAAUGACUGUGAUCAAAGCUCAAGCAAGCGUGAAGAACAACAUAAGGAAGUUGAACAAGAGCAUCAUCAAGAAUGGUUCAAACCAUAUAGUCCACGUCGUCCUUUUUGCACUCCUCUGCUUCUUCAUCGUCUACCUUUGGACCAAAGUUUCCAGAAGAUAG